AUGAAGUUCACAAUCGCCGUCAUCACUGCCUUCCUCGGAAUGGCCCUCGCUACUCCAAUGGACCAGCACCAUGGGGGCAACAAGAAACAUAGUGCCUCUGCUUCUGCUACUGGAUGUUCUGAUGCAACGCCUGCCAUGCCCAGCGGUGCUCUCCCGUCUCUGCCGGUCGACGACCUGCUUUCCAUGGGCAAGAUGGAGGCUCGUAUGCCACCUCCCAUGGGUUCUCCUACACCCUCUGAGGACGUCGAUGGACAUAAAGGCAAGGGCCAUAAGAAGGGUGGGAAGAAAGGAAGCGCAGACGCUACUGCUGAGGCUACGCCUAUGAAUAAGAUGCAGGUUGGCGAACAGCCUACUACUGCUACUGGUACUCCUUCGGCAUCAGAGGCACCAAAGGGCCACAAGGGUAAGGGUCACAAGAAGGGAGGUAAGAAAGGAGGCAAGAAGGGUAUGGAAGAUGCCGAUGAUGCCCAGCCUGCUGCUAUGUAA